GCGCCAGGAUGUCACCACCGCUGGCCUCCCUACUGCUUCUCGUCCUCGCCAUCAACAGCACUCUGGCCCUGAGGAUCUGCUCCUUCAACGUGAGGUCCUUUGGGGAAUCCAAGAAGGAGAACCAGAACGUCAUGGAUGUCAUUGUCAAGGUCAUCAAACGCUGUGACAUCAUACUCCUGAUGGAAAUCAAGGACAGCUACAACAUGAUAUGUCCCCUGCUGAAGAAGAGGCUGAAUGGAUAUUCAAGAAGUACAACAUACAACUAUGUAAUUAGCUCUCGACUUGGAAGAAAAACAUAUAAAGAACAGUAUGCUUUUCUCUAUAAAGAAAAGCUAGUGUCCGUGAAGGAGAGCUACCUCUACCAUGACUAUCAGGCUGGAGAUGCAGAUGUGUUUUCCAGGGAACCCUUUGUGGUCUGGUUCCAAUCACCCUACACUGCUGUCAAGGACUUUGUGAUUAUCCCCCUGCACACUACCCCUGAGACAUCCGUUAAAGAGAUUGAUGAGCUGGCAGAUGUCUAUAUGGAGGUGAAACGCCGUUGGAAGACAGAGAAUUUCAUUUUCAUGGGCGACUUCAACGCGGGCUGCACCUACGUCCCCAAGAAGGCCUGGAAAAGCAUUCGCCUAAGGACAGACCAUAGAUUCACUUGGCUGAUUGGGGACCAAGAGGACACCACAGUCAAGAAGAGCACCAACUGUGCAUAUGACAGGAUCGUGCUGAGGGGACAAGAGAUUGUCAGCUCUGUCGUUCCCAAAUCAAACGGCACCUUUGACUUCCAGAAAGCUUAUGGGUUAACUGAACAGGAGGCCCUGGAUGUCAGUGACCACUUUCCAGUUGAAUUUAAACUACAAUCUCCAAGGGCCUUCAUCAACAGCAAAAAAUCUGUCUCUUUAAGGAAGAAAAACAAGGCCCGUCGCUCCUAGAUACAAGGGCACCUUUUUAUUAACCAUUCCUUGCCUCUCAAUAAAAGAGCUCUAACAAGU